AUGCGAUUCGACGACUGGGACAUUCUGCUCUUCCCCAGAGACUGCAAGACGCCCAUGAAAGAGUUCAAAGUGGCCUGCCAUGUCGUUCACGAUGCUGAGUUCUCUCAUACCCACGGCUCCAUCGGGCUGCCGACCGUCUGCUGUUUUGUCCCGAGCCUGGCAUCUGGAACUCCUUUCCAGGUCUCGAUCCAUUCGUGGUUCGGCCCAACUGUGAGCCAGUACACAAAGUCUUACAGCAAGUAUACCGACACGGUCAAAUUCGAAGCGAGACUAUUCAUCGACGGUAGACUGGUUGCCUCCACGGCCUUGGACCAGAUGACUGCCUGGCCACAUAUUAUCGCCCAUAGCUUCAACUUUCCCAAGGGUGGAGAUCUGGACUGCCUCUUGUUUCCCCCGUUUCGACGAGAAUUGCUUCAGCAGAGUUUCUGGAGCCCUGCCGAUGAUUUGGGCCGCAUCAAGUUGGUCAUCAGCGAGGGUUUCCCACGGGACUCGCUCACCAUGCCCAUCGAGAGAGUCAAGAACAUUGUUUCCUUUUCAUUCCAGCAUGCGCCGCUGGAUAUCCUGGAAAGCUCGUGCAUCGCAUGGCCAAACCCUUCCAUGUGGCGUCGAGCCCCCUUUGCCUCGUCGAUGCCUGUCCCUUCGUACCCGUCCGACGACCCGGACUCGCACGCUCAUUCUCCGCGACGCCUCACCGACGCCGUGCAAGGCAAUGCCUCAGGCUACCCUAUUCCAGGCAUACAAGGAGUGAUGGGCAAGCCUUCAACGAGCUCCGGGAUGCGACGCGUCACCCAUCCCGCUUUUGGCACUCUCUCCCAGGCCAAGAGCAUCGUGGCUGAUCCCUUUGGGGAUGCAAAUUCAUACUUUGAGUGGUUGAGCGGCAUCGGCAUGGGGGUCAACGAUGCGAAUCGAGUGGAAAACCAGGGAAACCCUCAGCAGCGAAUGAUGCGACGGGCGAGCACAGAUAUCAGUAUGCCGGAUUACACACCCUUGGAAUCUGGCGACCAGCUGGCCCCGUCGGCAGACCGGGCGCCUUUCAUGCCAAGCAUGCGGCAGGAAGAGGACGACACUUCCGGCCAUAUGAGGGUCCCCACCAAUACGCCGACGACGAGCGGACAGGCCAGCCAUGAGCAAGACGGAACUCCCUUUGCUAUCGUCUCCCACAACUCAUCGAUACCGUCCGACCUAGCCCACUCGUUGACCAACUCGCUGCUUAACCAGCCGAUGCCUCUGCAUUUUCAGCAGCCCAACUUCCAUGCGCCUGCGAGUGAGGUGAGGUCCCGCAAAGAGAACCGCCGCCAACAGCCAGCUGGACCGUCUCCGUCGGCCGCCUCGACCUUUGGCCAAGACCACCAGGAGAUGCGCCGGGUCUCACAGCAGAUGUAUAUACCUCCUGGCGCCAGCGUACCUGUCUGCACGGUGAACUCUCAAGUCAAUAGUCCUCAAGAUCAGGAUCUCCCAGGCCCGGAGCAGUCCCAGCAAGGCCGUUCCUCGGACAGCGAACCCGGCCCAGGCAGCAACAUGGUGGACGUAAAAGAUGCGGCUGUGGGAGGUGCUGGCGUUAUCACGGCGGAAAAGGGCACGAAACGAAUUCGAAACUACACCCCGGCGUCGGUGAGGGCGAUCGAUGAGGAGGACGAGCCGCGCCGCGGCAGUCCCAGAGUACGCCUGACUCCGUUCACCAAUGAAGUGCCGGCCAAAGAGACUGUGUGA